AUGGCGCGCUCAGUUGGCGCGCAAGCGCAAACAGCGAGGCCACCUUCUCCCCUCCCCCAAAAGAACCAUGUGGACCCCAGGACUCGGGCACGGAAGCCUGUCGACUACACCUCCGAGGGUGUGGACGAUAAUGAUGUCUUCCUCCUUCCUGUUUCCGACUACCAGGUCAUGCUCGGCGUGACGAUCCUCGCCGCCAUCGUCCGUCUCUUUCGCAUUUACCAGCCCAGCAGUGUGGUGUUCGAUGAGGUCCACUUCGGCGGCUUCGCUUCGAAAUACAUCAAGGGCAAGUUCUUUAUGGACGUCCACCCUCCUCUGGCCAAACUCCUCAUUACACUCUUCGGCUGGCUCGCUGGAUUCAAUGGCGACUUCGACUUCAAGGAGAUUGGGAAGGACUAUGUCGAGCCCGGUGUCCCAUAUGUUGCCAUGCGAAUGUUCCCCGCCAUCUGCGGAAUCCUCUUGGUCCCUGUCGUGUUCCUGACUCUGAAGGCUGCUGGGUGCCGAACCUUCACCUCGGCCAUGGGAGCUGGCCUGAUCAUCUUCGAGAACGGCCUCCUUACCCAAGCCCGUCUGAUCCUCCUCGACUCGCCUCUGGUUCUCGCAACGGCCUUCACGACCAUGGCGUUCCUUUCGUUCACCAAUCAACACGAAUUGGGCCCUACGCGAGCUUUCCAGCCAAGCUGGUGGUUCUGGCUUGCCAUGACCGGCCUCGGCCUCGGUGCAACUAUUAGCAUAAAAUGGGUCGGUCUCUUUACGAUUGCAUGGGUGGGAAGCUUGACGCUGGUCCAGCUCUGGGUCUUGCUCGGUGACACCAAGACCGUCACCACCAGGGUCUGGUUCAAGCACUUCAUGGCCCGCUUCUUCUGCCUGAUUGUCAUCCCGGCCACCUUCUACUUGUCCAUGUUUGCCAUCCACUUUAUCUGCCUCGUCAACCCUGGCGAAGGCGACGGUUUCAUGAGCUCCGAAUUCCAGUCCACCUUGAACUCGAAGAGCAUGCAAGAUGUUCCCGCGGACGUCCUCAUGGGGAGCAGAGUCUCUAUCCGCCAUGUCAACACCCAAGGAGGUUACCUUCACUCUCACCCUCUGAUGUACCCUACCGGUAGCAAGCAGCAACAGAUCACGCUAUACCCUCACAAAGACGAGAACAACGUGUGGUUGCUCGAGAACCAGACUCAGCCACUAAACAUCAACGGCGAACCAAUCAACGGGACGGACGCCUGGGACAAGCUGGAUCCGACCUUCAUCAAGAACGGUGAUGUUCUCCGCCUGUACCACAUCAACACGCAUCGACGUCUCCACUCCCACGACGUCAGGCCCCCGGUCACCGAGCAGGAUUGGCAAAACGAGGUUUCUGCAUAUGGCUACGAGGGAUUUGAGGGCGAUGCCAACGAUUACUUCCGGGUCGAGAUCGUUGGGAAGCAGUCCAAGUCCGGCGUCGCUCAAGAGCGGCUGCGUACAAUCGAGACGAAGUUCAAGCUGGUACACAUCAUGACUGGCUGUGUUCUAUUCUCGCACAAGGUCAAGUUGCCUGAAUGGGCCUCCGAGCAACAGGAAGUCACCUGCGCCAAGGGCGGCACACUUCCCAACAGCCUGUGGUACGUCGAGUACAACGAGCACCCAGGCCUCGGUGCCGAUGCCGAGAAGGUGAACUACCAGAACCCGGGCUUCUUCGGCAAGUUCUGGGAACUCCAGCAGGUCAUGUGGAGGACUAACGCCGGCCUGGUCGAGUCGCACGCCUGGGACUCUCGCCCGAACUCGUGGCCGAUUCUUAAGCGAGGUAUCAACUUUUGGGGCAAAGACCACCGCCAGAUCUAUCUCAUCGGCAAUCCAAUCGUCUGGUGGAGCUCCACUCUGGCUAUUGCGGCAUACGUCCUUUUCAAGGGUAUCGCUGUGCUCAGGUGGCAGCGGAGCUACAGGGACUACGACAACGUCACCUUCAAGCGUUUUGAUUACGAGAUUGGAAUGUCUGUGCUUGGUUGGGCAUUCCACUACUUCCCGUUCUACUUGAUGCAGCGUCAGCUCUUCCUUCACCACUACUUCCCGGCUCUGACUUUCGCGGUCAUCGCUCUUUGCCAAAUCUUCGAUUUCUUGACCGCUCGAGUUACAGCUUUGGGCAUCCGAGAGAACUCGAUUAUCAACAAGACGACAACCACGAGCUUCCUGGUCCUGUCUGCUGCCGUCUUCAUGAUCUACGCACCACUCGCAUACGGAAAUACGUGGACGAAGUCAGAGUGCAAGCGCGUGAAGCUUUUCGACUCUUGGGAUUUCGAUUGUAACACGUUUUACAACGACUACUCGCAGUACAACACCAUCGGGGGAGUCCCAGCUGCGUCGGCAACGUCCAAGAACUCGGUGCCGAGCUCCAAGGCCCCGGAGGCGCCUGCGGUGGCGCCGCCCGCUGAUGGGCAGCAGGAGAAACUGCAGCAGGACCAGGGCCAGAAGCCGAUACACGACAAGGACGAGUUCUUCAAGGACGGCGAGGCAGGCAUCAGCGGAGCGCCGGUGCCGCCGGGCCAGCGCCUAGUGAAGCGCGAGGAGCGGAUCGAGUACCGCGACCAGGACGGCAACGUGCUGAACGAAGAGCAGGUCAAGGCGCUGGAGGGCAAGGUGGAGUUCAAGACGCGUUACGAAACGCGGACGCGCAUGGUGGACGCUGAUGGCCGUGAGUUCGAGGCGCCGCUCGGCGAGGUCCACCAGCAGGCGGUCGGAGAGCCAGUUGCUGUCGCGCCGCCGCACCCGGACGUCGAGGGCGUCGACACGCAAACGGCGCAGAAGCAAAAGGCCGCCGGUGACGACGAGGUUGUCCCACCUGCCAAGGAGAGCGUGGAGGGCGACCACGAGGCCAAGGCUAAGGCUGCGAAGCCUGCCAGCGAGAAGAAGGAGGCCAGCAAGGAGGCUAGCUCGUCGUCAUAG